AUGGCUCCUCUUCAAUUUGGCGUGAUCAUGAUCCCAUUCCAACUCAUGGACGUUGUGGGACCCAUCGAUAUCCUCUCUAGCUGCUCGAAGCCUUACUUGAGCGGUUUUGGCAAUGCCGAACUAGCUGAUCGUGGCAUUGACAUCGAAUUUCACUUCAUCGGCGAUGAAACUGCCACCCAUCCCACUGGAUUCCAAUCCCAGCCUACGACCACUUUGUCUGCUUGCCCAAAGCUCGACUAUCUUCUCAUCGGAGGGCCCUCGCCGGAAUAUAUCAAGAAUAUCCCACCAGCGAUAGCAAGCUUUGUGCGUGAGCGUGCUGCAGAAGUCAAGACUGUGUUCACCACCUGUACCGGUGGAAUAUUUGCGUCUGCACUGGGCCUGCUGGAUGGCCUGAAUGCAACCACAAACCAUGAAGCCAUAGCGAUUGCGAAAGAAAUUGGUCCAAAGGUCAAGUGGACAGCGGAGAGAAACUGGAUUGUGGAUGGCAAAUUUUGGACUGCCGGUGGUGCAUGUGCCGGCAUGGAUAUGAUGGCUCAUUGGACCAUGGAAAACUACGACAAAGAUAUUGCCGAGGCUGGAUUUGCUGUUCUUGCAUAUGAGCCGCGCGAUGUGACCACGAUCGGGAAUUUCUGGCAAGAUCCAAGCAUAUUCGCAUAG